UCACCACCUCCGGCACCGGCAGUGCAGUUGCUCGCCGGAUCGCCUCUCCUCUCCGCUUCCGAUCAUGGACGUCGCCGCCUUCUCCACCUCUGCAAACCUCAUCCCCUCCCCAUUCACCUCCGGCACUCCGUCCUCCCGCGCCCACCGCCUCUCCCUCCGCUCCUCACGGCGGCGGCGCCAUCCGCUUCCGGCCGUCCGAUCCCAUCCCUCCGCCUCCGCCCCCGCCUCCGUAUCGCACCACGAUGUGGUGGUCGUGGGCGCCGGGAUCGUAGGGCUCUCCAUCGCCCGCCACCUCCUCCUCCACACCCCGCUCUCCGUCGCCGUCGCCGACGCCGCCGUCCCCUGCUCCGGCGCCACCGGCGCAGGGCAGGGGUACGUGUGGAUGUCGCACCGGACGCCCGGGAGCGACACGUGGGAGCUGGCGGUGCGCAGCAAGCAGCUGUGGGAGGACCUCGCGGCCGAGAUGGACGGCCUUGGCGGCGGCGGCGCGCGCGAGAGUCUUGGGUGGAUGAAGACAGGAAGCUUAUUAGUUGGAAGAACCUCUGAAGAGCUUGCUACACUGGAGGAAAAGACCAAGGUUCUGACUCAGGCGGGCAUAAAUGCAGAGUGCUUGGCCGCCACUUCGCUGCAUGCAUUAGAACCUGCACUCUCUGUCGGAAAUGAUGGUGGUGCUAUGUUCUUACCUGAUGACCGCCAAAUUGAUGCGUUCCAGGCCGUAUCUUUGAUUGAAAAGACCAAUAGCUCAUAUUCCCCGAAAGGGAGAUACAUGGCGCUCUACAAUGAUCCUGCCAUGUCAUUGAUUAGAUCAGAGGUUACUGGAAGAGUUGAAGCUGUCCAAACUUCUAAGAACAUCUUAUAUGGCAGAAAAGCUAUUGUAGUUGCUUCUGGUGCUUGGACUCGAUCCUUAUUGCAUAGUUUCCUAGGACCAAAUUCUACGUUGGAUAUUCCAGUCAAGCCACGGAAGGGUCAUCUACUUGUGUUGGAGAAAUUCGAAAAGCUUAAGCUGAAUCAUGGCAUAAUGGAGCUAGGAUAUGUUGACCAUCAGGGUGCUAAGUCAAAUAGCUUACCUUUGUCUUCAAAAUCAAAUGAAGAUGAGGAUGACGCUUCAUCCAUAUCAAUGACCGCAACAUUAAAUACAAAGGGCCAUUUAGUUCUAGGAAGCAGUCGCGAGUUUAAAGGAUUUUCGAGGGAGGUUGAUAAAUCAAUAUUGAAGAGUAUAUGGGACCGUGCAGGGAAAUUUUUUCCUUCCCUCAACAAUAUUCGUCUUGAUAUUGAUGAGGCCAAAGAAAUCAGAAUUGGGCACCGCCCUUAUAUGCCUGAUGGGAAACCAGUUAUUGGCUUUGUUCCGGAUCUGUCAAAUGUUUUGAUUGCGACAGGACAUGAAGGAAGUGGACUUGCUUUGUCAUUAGGUACUGCUGAAAUGGUCACGGAUAUGAUUCUUGGUAAUGCUGGAAGAGUGGACUUCACGCCUUUCUCCAUAGAAAAUAGAUUUUCAGAGUGACCAUUUAUCCGCAGGCCCUCCUUGAGCUCCUCAAGCGUCAAAGAUCCGUCCUUGUCCUUGUCCAUCGUGUGGAACAUCUGAGUGUAGUUGUCGAUCUCCUCCACUGGUAAACUCUUGGCAACGAUCUUCAUUUAUCAUUGGCAAAUGAUUCAUAUCGAAGAAUAUCACACCGGAAGAAAAUCAAGAAAUAAUGUCACCUAGUUCUGUACAACUUACUCCAAGUGCCUUCUUUUUGAACUUGUUCAUGGAUGAGAAUUGCUUAAGUCUAGAUCGAACAAGCUCCCCAAGCGACACAUUUGGAGCCUUAUCGGCGUUCUUGAGCCACGGAUGCUCUGUUUUGUAGGAGGAGGAAUGCUCUUAGUUGUGCAUCUCUGGACUUCAAGUUUUCCAAUAUAUUAUCAAUAAAUAAUAAAAAUUAUUGCA